AUGGAGGAGCGGCGUCGCAAGGACCAGGAGGAGGACAACAAGCGACAGGAGGUGACAUUGUCCCCCACCCCUCACACACACACCCACACAUACACACAUACACACACACACAGAUGGAUCUCCGACUCUCCAUUUCCGCCAUCCCUCUUUGGCUGUGUGUUGUGUGUGUUGUGUGUUGUGUGUUGUGUGUUGUGUGUGUUGUGUGUAGGUGUUGAAGAAGCAGCAGCGAGACGACAGCCACGGCGAGGGAGGAGUAACGGGUGCAGCAGCAGCUCCAGCUCCCGCAGCUGCAGCUGGGGGCAGUGGUGGCGGCAAGGCACCCAUCAAGCGCAAGAGCAGGAAUCAGCGGCGGAAGGAGAAGAAAGAACGGCAGAGGGCGGCAGAGGAGAGGGCGGCACUCGACACAAAGCUAUGGACAUCUGAUGCACACCUGCCGUGUCUCUCUGCAGGAAGGCCAAGGAGGAUAUCGAUCGCCGUCUGCAUUUUAUAUUUCUGAGGCUCUCUCGUGACUGACAUGGAUGACUCCGAUGGUUAUCCACUCCCUGAACAGUAAGAGGCCACCACCUGGUGUGAGAAAUGUCGAGGUCUGCGUGUCUGUCUGUGUCUCUCACCAGCGCUGCGUUUUCGGAAGAGAAGACGAGAUGGCCGGCCGAGACAGUCGGGGUGCUGGAGAUGAUGCAGUUCUCAUUCAACUGCCCGGCUUCCCUCUGCCGACACCCCGACGGCACUGUCCGCCCCGACCCCGACAGCACCCACUGA